AGGCCGGUUGCGCGCGCAGAAGGCCAGUGUACGGGAGCGGUGCAAGAUGGCAGCGUCCUUGUUCCGAGCUUCGCUGAGGGGCUGGAGAACCGGCGUCCAGCCGGGCUGCGGGCUACGGUGGCUGAGCCAGACCCAGGGGCCUCCUGAUUACCCCAGCUUUGUGGAGUCUGUGGAUGAAUACCAGUUUGUGGAGCGCCUGUUACCCCCUACCCGCAUCCCAAAGCCCCCAAAGCAUGAACAUUAUCCCACUCCUAGUGGCUGGCAGCCACCCAGAGACCCCCCACCUAACCUGCCCUACUUUGUGAGGCGCUCUCGUAUGCACAAUAUCCCUGUCUACAAGGACAUCACACAUGGCAACCGCCAGAUGACCGUGAUCCGAAAGGUGGAGGGGGACAUCUGGGCCCUGCAGAAGGAUGUGGAAGAUUUUCUGAGUCCACUGCUCGGGAAGACACCAGUCACCCAGAUCAAUGAGGUGACAGGUACUCUGCGGGUCAAGGGCUACUUUGACCAGCAGCUCAAAGCCUGGCUCCUGGAAAAGGGCUUCUGAGGCCCACCUGAGCAGCCUGCCUGACAGCGUUCCCCACAACUAGAGUCUGGGGUGGGGGCGGGCCAGGAGGGAGAUGGCUGUAGGACCAACCAGGACAGCAGG